AUGGCCUCGCAUGAUCCAAACCAGGGCUCCGUCCAUUCCCCGGGAGACCUGAAGCAUCGCAGUGUGAGCCCGCAACCACCUGGGCAGCAAUAUCACAACCCGAACGCCGGAUUGACGGUCGACCCAUCUAUGGGCGCUUAUCAAACGGCCCCCUCCUUCCCCAACCCCGACGGGGUUAUUGGCGCCGAACAAUAUGGAUACCAAAACUAUUCCUGUGCUUUGUCUCCGACGCAAACUUUAUCUCCGCCAGCGGACCAGGCACAAUCCUUCGAGACGAGCCUGGUCAAUCAGCUGGAGCACUCCUCAAACGGACUGAGACCAAUGCAGGACGAGAAUUUCUCCAACAUGCUCAACUCGAAUCAGCCGGACAUGGACUUUGCCCUCUACCAGAACCACAGUCCGAGCGCAUCGGCCUCCGAGUACGAUACAUCGCAAUUGUUGGACCCGCAAAUGCACCAGCGCCAGUCAAUGAACCAAGCAAUCAAUCCGGCUGAUCUGGUCAGCCCGAUCUCGAAUUCCGGCUCCUCACAUCCAUCACAGGAUCCGCAGCAUUCGUCUCCUGGCCCCAUGUCUCCCCGGGAUCUACACCGGGGGCACCGACGUGCGCCGUCCGAGGUAUCAGAAGUCUCGUCGGCCAAUCACUCCCCUUACCUCUCCCAGCAUGAAUUUGAUGGCAUUGAGAAUAAUGCGUCGCCUUCUCUGGCCCCUCAGAGCGACCCGGCGCUGUACGAAAAUGGUCUGGGCAUGGAAUCAUUCACCUUGUCGGAGCAGCAGCAGCAGCAAGGCAUCAGCCCGCUGCAGACACCCUACAUUUCCCCGCGGUUAAUGCCACAGCAGGGAGGCGAGAUGAUUCCAAAUGCAUCCUAUCUCUCGCCUUUCCCCGCGGCACCGACGGAUAUGUAUGGAAUGCCACAGGAGGACAUGAUGAACAUGGGCCAGUUGAACAACGUACCGGGCGACAUUGGACAGGCUUCUCAGAUGGCGCCCCCAUCGAUCAAUGUCGAGUUCGCCCCGCCACUGCGCAAUCAAAACUUCGAUCCUUCCAAAUCAACAGCAGACUUCGACUCUCUGAGUCCUCCUGCUAUGCGAUCUCGAGUACGGAGCAAGUCUGACCCUUACCACCCCGCUUCCCGUCCACGCUCUCCAGCGGCCUCAACAACAAGCUUGGAACCCCAUGCACCUACCACCCCGCGGUCUCUGUCGCCAGUUGGAUCGGUCGGCUCGCACUCGCGUAGUAACCCCGGCUCUCGCGAUGCAUCACCUUCCCGGUCCAACCGCCGCCUCUCAACAUCCUCAAUCGAGAACCGAAACUACAUACUCGACUUAGCCGACCCCCAACGCCCAGGCGCAGCACCAGGCGAACCAAAACGCAUCCAAAAGCACCCCGCCACCUUCCAAUGUACCCUAUGCCCGAAACGCUUCACCCGCGCUUACAACCUACGCUCCCACCUGCGCACCCACACCGACGAGCGACCCUUCGUCUGCACAGUCUGCGGCAAAGCAUUUGCACGACAACACGACCGCAAAAGACACGAAGGCCUGCAUUCCGGAGAGAAGAAGUUCGUCUGCAGAGGCGAGCUCUCUCGCAGCGGUCAAUGGGGCUGCGGUCGUCGAUUCGCGCGAGCAGAUGCCCUCGGCCGUCAUUUCCGAUCCGAAGCCGGACGCGUCUGCAUCAAGCCCUUGCUAGACGAGGAAUCGGCUGAGCGUGAACGCGUCGAGCAUCAACCGCAACAGUCCGGUCAUCUUCAGCCUGUUCCUCAGCCGUUGGUUAUGCCCAAUAUGCCCGGCAUGGAUGGUCAGUCUUCUGGUAACUUUGUGUUGCCUGCUGCGCUCUUGGCGCAGUAUCCUGCACUCCAGACUUUGCAGUGGGAUCAGAUUCCCGCUGCGGAAGAGGAGAUUGGAGGGAGGAGUAGUUUUGAUGCUAGUUCUGGUGGUGAGUUUGGGUUUGAUGAAGAUGAUUCGGGUCUUUCCUAUAACCAGGGAAAUCUAUAUGCGAAUAAUUCGCAGAUGAUGAUGGACCCUGGGGAUCCAGGGUAUUCGAAUCAGAAGUGGAGUGGAUGA